AUGGCGUCGAACAACGGCGCGGGGACCCUCAGGUCAACCUCCAUCAACGGCGUCAAGCUCUACUCCAUCACCGGCAACCGCUACGUCGCCCCAUGGGUCCUCUCGAAGAAGAAGCGCGCCCUCCGCAAGGACGCAGAGUAUCAGCGGAGGCUGGAUUUGAUCCAUGACCUGAGGUUCGAGACCGCCACCACCAAGAUCAAGGUGACACCGGAUGAGCAGUAUGUGAUCGCCUCAGGUAUUUACCCCCCACAAGUUAAAGUCUAUGAAUUGAAGGAGUUAUCAAUGAAGUUUGAGAGGCACAUGAUUUCAGAAAUUGUAGAUUUCCAGGUCCUUGGUGAUGAUUACUCAAAACUUGCAUUUUUGUGUGCUGACCGUUCUGUAUGCCUGCAUGCAAAGUACGGUAGACACUAUAGCUUGAGAAUUCCAAGAAUGGGAAGAGAUAUGGCAUAUGAUUGCUGGUCUUGUGAUUUGCUUUGCGCUGCUUCAUCACCAGAUGUGUAUAGAAUCAAUUUAGAGCAGGGACGAUUCCUUGCAUCUCUUUCAUCUCAAUCUCCAGCAAUAAAUGUGGUUUCUCGGAGUAACAUACAUGGGCUCAUUGCUUGUGGUGGUGAGGAUGGUGUGGUUGAGUGCUUUGAUAUGAGGAGAAAAUCUUCUGUUGGCAGAAUUAACACAGCUGUCUCUCCUGAAGAUUUUAAUCAGGAGGUCACAUCUCUGCAAUUCGAUGAAAACCAAGGAUACCUUAUGGCAGUAGGGAGCAGCACAGGAAAGGUAGCAAUAUAUGAUCUACGUAUGUCUUCCCCUUUGCGAGUUAAGGAUCAUAUGUAUGGUAGCCCAAUAUUAAGUAUUAAGUGGCACCAGACACUUAAUUCUACUGAACCUAAGCUGAUUACUGCUGACAAGCAUAUAGUGAGAGUUUGGGAUCCUAAUACAGGAAAUAACAUGACUAGCAUUGAACCAGAUGGUGGUACUAUCAAUGAUGUUUGUGUUUUCCGGAACAGUGGUUUGAUGUUAUUAGCUUUGGACAAUAGCCAGAUCCCUGCCCACUUUAUUCCUGCAUUGGGCCCUGCUCCAAAGUGGUGCUCGCAUCUUGAUAAUCUAACGGAAGAAAUGGAAGAGAAGACAGAGAAUAUUGUAUAUGAAGAUUUCAAGUUUUUAACAAAAGAUGAGAUGGAUCGAUAUGAUCUCUCUAAGUACAUUGAUCAGGGUCUUGUGAGAGCGCAUAUGCAUGGAUAUGUGAUGAAACUUCAGCUAUAUAAGAAGCUACUAGCUACUAGUGCUGUUGAUCCUGAGAAUAUUCAAGAGAAGGUUAAGCAAAAGAAAAUAGAAGAACAGAGAAAAUCUCGCAUAACGCAAGUUGUGAAAAUACCAAAGGUUAACAGGCAAAUUAUGGAUAAUAUACUUAAAGAGGAAGAGGAAAUGGAUGCUGAUUUGGAGAAUGAUGAAAAAUCAGGCAUCAAGAAGAAGAAAAAGAAACUGGAAAUGAACAAGGCAUUGUUGACUGAUCCUCGUUUCAAAGAAAUGUUUGAAAAUAAGGACUUUGAAAUUGAUGAACAAUCAAGAGAAUAUCUUGCACUUCAUCCUCAAACAUCUUUGAAGGAGCCUCGUCUAAUUGAGGAACAUUUUGAGACUGUUAGUGAUGAUGAGGAACAAGAAGAUGCUAGUUCAUCUGAUGCAUCAGCAGAGUCUGACAGUGACAAUGGCAUGCAAAGUUCAAAGCGUAUAAGGUUGUAUGAAGUCAAGGAUGACCGUCACGCUGAGGCAUUUUUGAAUAGCACCUCCCUUGCCAAUGAGGAUGCUCUACCUAUUGGCGAUAGGGUAGCUGCUCUGGAGAGGCAGCGGAACUCCAAUGCACUUGAUGAGGUAAAGUAUGGACCUGGUGGUUCACGCGAGAUCUCAUUCAUCGCUAGAGGCUCAAGAAGGCGCAACGAAGAAUCUGAUGACGAAGAGCCCAAGGAUUUCAAGAGGAGAGGUGUGCAAUCCCUGGGCUUGAAACAAGGCAAAGCCGAGUACUAUUUGUUCGGUGGAAGCCGUGGCAGAGGAAGAGGAAGAGGAGGAGGAGGAGGUCGUGGGAGAGGAGGAGGUGGUGGUGGUGGAAGAGGUGGAGGAGGAGGUGGUGGUGGUGGGAGAGGAGGCAGAGGCAGAGGCAGAGGGAGGGGCAGAGGCCGUGGAUGAUGAGCACUUGUUUCACCAUUACAUUGCUCACCUUCUGCUAACUUCAGAGUUGGGGAGAUAUCAUAGGGGUUCACCUGGAGGGGUUAUCAAAUUUUAGCAUUCGGUGAAAUCGUCAUUGUCUUCUUUCGACAGUGAGGUUACAAUUGGCAGCGUUCUGGUACACACAUUGUAAUUUACAAGGUCACCUUAAAAGGUUUCCUUUCAUGUAACGUGUUUUAGGCGAGAGCUAGGCAGCUAGCAUAGUGAGGAUUCAUGAGAGGACAAGUGCCUCACAAUUUUGUUGGUGAGAAAUUUAUCACAUAUGUUUAUGUAUCUCUUGUGGCCUGAGUUUUUGGAGCUCUUCUCGUUGAACUUGUGUUGGCAACUUGAAAUGUUGUCAUUUAAAGCUCCUCAAAGUCGCCUUUCUAAGGCUGAUUUCA